UCAGUCUGGAGACGUGGAGGAGCUCGGCGGUGGAAGCGGCUGCUGUGUGGCUAUGAAUGGACGCAUUUAGCGUUUUUUAUCCGCACGUAGUUCCGCUGUGAAGCCUCUAAGAUGCCUUUCCCGCCUAUAAACUUGCACUCGCGGAUAUCUUCGCCGGGGAAGGAGCUCUUCAGGAAGAAGAAGCCCAGCGCUGGCGUGGUGCCCCCGCCUCCUCAGCCUCUGCUCGGCCACAAGGCGAAGGCGGAGAAGGAGGAGAUGGAGAGGGAGAAGCUCUCCACGUCGUGGCCGGCGGCUAACCUGAAGCAGCUGGGACGAAAACGCAGCAGCAAGGGCGCAGCUCCGCACCUGGAGACGGACACUAAGAGCUCGUGGGUGACCGUGGCGAAGCCGCUGGGCAGCUCGUGUGAGAGCGUGCCCCGGUCGAGCUCCGGGGAGUCGGCGGCGGCGCCCCGCAGCAGCAGGCACUCCUCGCGGGCCUCGCUGGGCAGGGAGGGGGAGGAGGUGGAGCAGGAGGUGCGCUUCUCCCUCAGCCUCACGCCCGAGGCCGUGCUCGUUAUCCAGAAGCGCAACCUGGAGAAGCAGAUGCUGGCCAAGCAGCAGAAGUGCUGCGGGUCCGCGGACUUCAGGCACCGCCGGGUCUUCCCCUCCAAGAGGGCGCAGGGCGGCUCCAAGGGCUCCUCCGCGCCCGCGGCGAGGCCGGACUGUCCCGGCGACAUCAGCGCCAUCGUGAAGAUCUCGCUGCUGAACGACCAGCACAAAUACGACGACGUGGAGUACGAGGAGGAGGACGGGGAUGUGGACGAGACCGUCAUGAGGAAGUGCAAAGAGUGGCUGAAAGGCGUGGAGAGCGCCGCCGCCUUCAGCAAAGUGGACAAGCUCUCGGCUCUGCCGCACCUCAAGGGCUGCUGAUGAUGGCGAUUCGCUGGGAAAAGACACUGUGAAGGACUCCCUUGAAGGGGAACUCCACCGGUUUUUCAAAAUGUCUGCAUAGCUCAGUGGUUGAGAUGUAAACAGAGUCGUUUGAUGUGAUGGUUCGUUGUAGAGACUUUUUACAGUGGUGGUGAUGGAAACCAGGGGUCACUGUAUAAUAUAGCCAUUUUAUCUACUAUCCGAAUUUUGCUAGUUAGCCUACGAGUUCUGUAUGUAGUGUUGAGGGUUUUAGUCAUAAAUCUGAAAAAAUAAGUCAUUUGUGGGGGCCUAUUUUACUAUUUUGCCUUAUAACACCCUUCAUGUAUCCCUCCACCAUGCAUAGAUAAUAAUAAAUCGAUUAAAACUCAUUUUAGGCCAGAACUGUCACACAUGAGGCCGAGUAGUCAUUACAUUUCAUGUAAUAACUCUCUGUGAGGGAGCUUUUAGAGGUGGACGUCUGGUUCCUAUCACCACCACUGUGAACACUUCUCACCAAGUUUACCUAGAACGGAUCAUUUCACACCAGCCGCUCUGAAUGACUUUGUUUACACCUAACCGCUUAAUUAUGCAGAAAUUUUGAAAAGCCGGUGGAGGUCCCCCUUGAGACACUUUACCAGCUAACACGGACAGAGAUGUUAGCCCAUCAGCUCCGGUGUAGCCCGCCAGAGGAAACGGCUGGACGCGGUUUCUUCUCUCCCAGUGACUUUCACUGCUCUCUGUCUUUCUCCGCACGCGGCGAUGCCGUAACAGUUAGUUUAUUUAUUUAUUCCUCUUUUUCUGUUUUUGCACUCGCCUCUUUCCACUCAGGUCCGGCUUGCGCGCGCGAACUUGAUUGGACGGCGCAAAGAAACGCGUGAAGUUGAUUGGACAGCGACUCGAGGUGGCGACCAAUAAGCGUUCACUUUCUUUGUGCCAGGAAAACAAAGGCUGUCACAGACGGCUGUGUCUGACAGUGGAGGCAGAGACGUUGAGAGUCGACUCCGGUUCCGAUUCCGCGUGAUGGAGUCGAUUCCGCAAUCUCGAUUCCAAACACCAGGACUUACAGAAGGAUGUCUGACAAAAAUAAGUACAUUAUUGAUUUUAUUUACCCAGAGCGAGGAGAUGUGGAGAACCUACAGUAGCUGAACGCUGUUGGGGGGAAAAAAAUCAAAAACUGGUGUUCCUAAUGGUGUCCAGUAGCCACUAAUGGUAUUGUUUGACUGAUGGGCUGGUAUCACAACUGACUCUAAUGGCUUAGCAGGUGUUCUGGGACUGAUUCCACAUGCUGUUUUCUGAUGGGAUCUAAAGGUGUCCUUCAGAAAACAAGUGGUCUUUAAUGGUGGCCGUUAAGCCAAUUCCCUUUAGAUAGCAAAACAAUCAUGGUUCUAAUGGUCUUCGUUCAGCAGGGAUUAAACUUCCCUACUGUAAAAAAAAAGGUUUCUAUAGGUUCCAGUAGCCACUAAUGGUAUUUAGUGUUUUCCUGAUGGGUUGAUGUCACAGUCUAAGGGACUCUAAUGGUUUAACAGGUGACCUGUGACUGAUUCCAGAUGCAUUUGAUAGUUUCCUACCGGUUAUUUCUAAUGGUAGCCAUUAAGGCAUUCCCAUCAGGUUUUAGUCCAAGUGGUUCUGAAGGUCCUUUCAGAAGGGUGACUGGCAGGGACUUGGCUGAGCUGCACCUGAUUCUCUUCUGUUAUUUCUGUCUUGGUGUUUUGGCACUGUUGAAGUCUAAGCCAGUUUUAACAAAUUUUCCAUUUCAUUUUCCACUUUUGUCUAACAUGAAACGCAGCUGUUGUGAGUCGCUGUGUGGAAUCGAGCUCCAGAGUCGACUCUUCAUUCCCCGAAUGCCUGGAGUCGGGGAAUCGGUUCUUUUCGGGAUCGACUCUCCAGCCCUACCUGACAGAAAAUAAAAAAAAAAAAAAACAUCAAGUUUUGUGCGGGAAGAAAAAAAAUGCACGAAAAUGUGGUUAAAUAAACCAGUUUUGUACAGUAUUUAUUUUAAAAACGUUAAGCUGUAUUUGUUGUGUUCGAUAUCUUGUCAUUUUUAAAGUUUUUUUAAGAAAUAAAAGGUUGAAUCGAG